AUUCCCAUGUUAUGAGUAGUGACGUCAUAAAAAGUGUGAAUGCAGAGUCCGCCAUAACAUCGGAAAUUUUAUGUAUUUUCUGCGGUUUUGGGUAGUGUCGAUGAAUAUCAUCAAUGGUUACGGUCAUUGAUUGCUUAGAAUUUAUCAACAACAAUUUAAGACGUGAAUGGUGUUGCAUGAGCGAGUGCGAUGGCCGGGAAUGGAGCAGAUACACAGUGGUGCUUUUCACAAGUCAAAGGAACAUUGGAUGAUGAAAUAACUGAUGCGGACGUCAUCUCCUGCGUGGAGUUCAGCCAUGAUGGAGAUCUAUUGGCCACUGGAGAUAAGGGUGGUCGAGUUGUCAUUUUUCAACGGGAUCCUUUAUCAAAAGGUUGUUCGCCAACGAGAGGAGAGUACAACGUGUACAGCACCUUCCAGAGCCAUGAGCCCGAGUUUGACUACCUCAAGUCUUUAGAAAUAGAAGAAAAGAUCAACAAGAUUAGAUGGCUUAAGAGGAAAAAUCCUGCUCAUUUUUUAUUAUCCACUAAUGAUAAGACUAUUAAGCUGUGGAAGGUCUCUGAGCGUGACAAGCGCGCUGAGGGCUACAACCUUAGGGACGAUGCCGGUCAGCUUAGGGACUCCUCCAGCAUCACUUCACUUAGGGUACCUUCACUGAAGCAGAUGGAGCUGAUGGUAGAGGCGUCCCCACGCCGCAUCUUCGCCAACGCGCACACCUACCACAUUAACAGCAUCUCUGUUAAUUCCGACCAGGAGACUUACCUUAGUGCUGAUGACCUUAGGAUUAACCUGUGGCAUCUCGAGGUUACAGAUCAGUCGUUCAAUAUAGUGGACAUCAAGCCAAGCAACAUGGAGGAGCUGACAGAGGUUAUUACAGCUGCCGAGUUUCACCCCCGCGACUGCAACUCAUUCGUGUACAGCAGCAGUAAAGGCACCAUCAGACUAUGUGACAUGCGAGCCGCUGCCUUAUGUGACUCACAUGCCAAGAUGUUUGAGGAGGCGGAGGACCCGAGCAACCGUAGUUUCUUCAGCGAGAUUAUCUCGAGCAUUUCUGAUGUGAAGUUCAGCAACAGCGGCGGCCUCAUGAUCUCCCGAGACUACCUCACCAUCAAAGUCUGGGACCUGCGCAAGGAGAACCAGCCUCUCGAGACGUACUCGGUACAUGACUACCUGCGCUCCAAAUUGUGUUCGCUGUAUGAAAACGACUGCAUCUUUGACAAGUUCGAGUGCUGCUGGAGUGGCAACGACAAGCACAUCAUGACAGGCUCCUACAACAACUUCUUCCGCAUGUUCGAGCGCGACAGCAAGAAAGACGUUACUCUAGAAGCUGCUAGAGAAAUAGCAAAGCCAAGAACCGUGCUAAAGCCUAGAAAAAUUGGCGGAAGCGGCAGCAAAAGAAAGAAAGACGAGAUCAACGUUGACUGCCUGGACUUCAGCAAGAAGAUCCUGCACACAGCUUGGCAUCCUACGGAAAACGUCAUCGCUGUUGCUGCCACCAACAACCUUUACAUCUUCCAGGAUAAACAGUAGCACUGCAGCAACUCUAGCUACAGUUAUUACUGUAGCAAUUCUCUGCAGUCGUGCUGUAGGAGUUGCUGUAGCCGCAGUGCUGCUGUUUUUGCCGCUGUGAGCUGCAGUUCUAGCCACAGAACUUUAUUUCUCUUAUCUGGCGCUAAUAUGUUUUUAUUUCUAUUAUCUGGCCAUCAAAUCAGUGAUUAUUUUUCUUAUGAGAAGCUAAUAUCAGUCUUUUUUCUUUUAUAUUAUGCGCUAGUGCCCACAAGAGUGUAUAAAAAUUUUAGUUUUUUUCAUUGCUAGCCGCCCCAGACCUUUGUUGUCAGUUGUCCUGUCCACAUGCCACCUGCUGCAGUUGUUGCUGCAGCCAAUGCUCCUAUGUUCUGUGUAUGUAUAACAGUUCUGUCACAGCCUAAGAUUUUUGCUUCGAUUUUGACUGGCGAUUGCAAAAAGCCCUCAGUAGAUUCAAACGGCGGAUUUCUUGUUGAUUUAAUGAGAUGGUUGUUCCUGUGAUUGUUUGAUCUCCAUCAUAUGUCCGCAUGAAUUUAAUUAUUAUAUAAUUUGGCUACAAAUAUCAUGAAGUGCACCGGUUAGUCUUGAGCAGCAAAGUUGUUCAUAAGUGAGAGCGCUUUAGAAAUUUUUCUUGUUGCCUCUCUCUACAGGUUGUUACAGAAUUUUGGUGGUUGUGUCAAGCAUAAAUAAAGUUUGUAAAGUACAGGAAGAAAGUUUGUGUAGAAUUAUUAAUGCAAGAAUUUGAUCUGUGGCUGUGUGGUAGGCUCUCUGCUAAGGAUUGUUGUGACCCACGAUGACGCGGUUGAGAAUCAAGUCGACUGACUGGUUGAUUACUGAUGAAGCUGUUGUAAUUUAUGCUGAAGAUAUCGUUACUUCCAUUAAAAAUAUUAUCGUGGCUGCAUAUACUGUGACUGCAGCAUGGCUGCUGUGUGUCAACACACAAUCAGAAUGUUUAACAUGUGGUGCUUGUGCGUGUAUGAUGUAAACCACCAACUAUGCUGCCAUGUUUACGGUGGUUUUUGAUCAUCGGCCAUGGUUAUGGUGGUUUGUGUUCAUCAGCCAUGUUUACGGUGGUUCAUGUAACUCAUGAUCCAUGUUGACGGUGAAUAACCUGGAUGCUAUCAAAUGUCCCUCCGAUGGAUGCUACCAAAUGUCCAUACACCGCCUCUUUGGGGCUCAGCCCGACUCCCCUCGAUUAUUCCCCAGUGGUACUGCUGUAAGGCGCCGCCCUAAACCACAGUCACGGAAAUUGCCAAACGGAAAUAAGUCCUGUAAACUUUGUCAUUGUAAUAUUCAAAUGCAAACUUUGUAAUUGUAAUAUUGAAAUGAAUACAAGUUAGGCUUUGUCAUUGUAAUAUUCAAAUGCAAACUUUAUCAUUGUAAUAAUCAAAUGAAUACAAGUUAGGAUUUGUCAUUAUAAUAUUCAAAUGAAUACAAGUUAGGCUUUUGUCAUUGUAAUAUUGAAAUGAAUACGAGUUAGGCAAGUAUAGCAAGGACACGCGUGUUGCAGUGAAUGAAGGAAGGCCUGUGUGUGUUGGUCCUUGCUCUACCCGUGUCAUAUAACCCCUGCUUUGUGCCUCAAUUUAAGGAUUAAUUUAAAAUUAAUUAAUUUGAAGAAGCGUGAUUGAUGAGAACACAAAAUGCCACGAGAGUAUCAUUAAUAGGCGAGAACAUGACUGCAUAGCAUUAGACCUUCAUGAGUACCGAAGCUUUUCAUUUCAUUUCUCGGCUCAUUUCAUUUACUGAGAUGAAUUCAUUUAAUUUAUAGCAAAUUUAAUGUAGUAGGUCUUCUCCCUUGCGUUUAACGUCAUUUGUGCUUUAGAACUGAAAUACGUACAUUUAUACAUGCACUUUUCUGUAUGUGCUUUUCUAUAAUUGUUGGUUUGCCAUGAACAAUCAAAGUGAUAUUUUGGGAUUUGCAGAGCAAGUUUUAAUGCAGUGGCUCUGCUGAAUAACUGUGUAUGUAAAUUAGAUAAAUACUUCAUUUAUUGAAAAUUUAAAUUUUGCUGCAAUAAAAUUGUUUCCCCUGGUCUGUGGCGAUCCCUAGUGCAAGAUGUAUUCUCUUUUAACAAUAAAUUUCAGUUUGGAAUUCAAGAAACAAAAAAUUUAGGUUGGAAUUUUCAUGGCUUGCUGCUUGCGCCGCUCUUCUAUAGGCUUUAGUUACGGUCUGAUAGGCCUAAAAAAAAAAUUUUUAUAGGCUGAUGCGUUCAAUUUUUUUUAACUGUAAAAUUUCGAAUUUCUUCAACUGUUGAAUGAAUUAUUGUCGUGAAAAAGCUCAUUCAUUAAUUAAGCCGGAAUAUCCGUGGCUUGAUUUUGUAGCGUGAAUUUUUUUGUUAAUUUUAAUUAUUUUGUUGCUCUCACGCGACCAAUUUUC